GGCGUCUGCAGAAGCUUACAGGGCAAGAGUUCACCGGUCUGUCCAACUCGGGGAGUUUCUCGGAGUGUGAUGAUAGCUGACGGAGUUUAGAGAGGAAAACACACACAUAGACACACACACACACAUGUGAUCGGCAAAGGAGUCGCUGCCGUCCACGACUUAGCUCAUGGACAGAAGUUGAGCCCGCAGAGUACGGCGGUAAGUUUAGCUGGCGUUAAUAGAGAGCGUUGUUAUUGACGUUGAGGACAGCGGCGGCGAUGCGCUUUUAAACCCGGGGGGGAAGCUUUCUGCUGCGGGUGAUUGAGAAAGAGAAGGGCCUGAAACAUGAUGUCUAUUGGAAGUGAUAGCUGACACUGUAGAAUGAGAGAGGAUGGAGCAGACAGGCAACCCUGCCCUUGAGAGCAACAACCCUAAUGGGUUUGUCAACCGAGUGUUUAAUGUUUCUCUGGAUGUGGAGAAUGAGACCAGCAGUGUUUAUAUUCAGGAGACUGGAACAGGGCCUGCAGAGGGGCAGGGAGAGACCCAGGCUGCCUCUUCUCAGACCCCUGUCAAGGACAGACAGGAGGUCAACCGGAGGCCUCGUGCCACAGGGGGUAUCUGGAAGAUCUUGAACCGAAAGCGAGCCGUGUCAGAGCUGGACAGGAGACCCCACUCCAUGAUCUUGCCGGGGGAGGCUUCCAUCCCUAAACUCUCAUUUGCUGACAAAGUUCGAUCCUUCAAGAAGCUUAAAUCUCCGGCUGUAUUUAGAGGGAAGACAGGGAAAUUGUCCACUGCAAAGUUUACCAGUUCUAUGGUGGAUGAGGAGUCUUUCUGCCGCGAUAUUGGCGCACCUCAGCAGUCCACUGGUGGCACGCUUAGAAACCGUGGUCAGAGGCAUUCAUAUGCUGGCUAUACAGCAGAAUUUGACUGUUCGUUUGAAGACAUUGACCUCUCAGCUUCGGUGGAUGGCCAUCAGCCCACUGUAAUGGGUGAGGCUGUGACUCAGAAUGGCUGUAAACCAUCUGAAAAAGUUUCCUAUACUAAAAGAAGCCACAACAAUUCAGCCAACUGCAACAAAACCGCUGCAGCUUAUGAAGAACCCGGCACUAAGGAUAGCCCGAGGACCCACCGGAGUGGAGGAAGGAGGCACAAAGACGUGUGGAGUUACCUGAGGAGGAUCUCCCUUUUGGGGAAGAAUAAUCCUGUGUACUCAGAGAGGAGCUUUGACUCUGAGCUUCACUCACUGGACAAAACCAUAGACUCAGACUAUGGCUCUGUGGACUUUGAGAGUGUCAGAGACUUCCAUCCACCUCCCCCGAAACAGUCGGACACCAAGGGGCACUUUGGUGGUCUGUUCAAAUUUUUCAACAGUGUUGCAGAGACUGCUAGAAAAUGGCGAACAACAUCACGCUCCUUUUCUCCUCCAGAGGGAGAGAAGACUCCGAUGAGCUCCCCACGGGCCCCACAGCGCACAGUGGACAAUGUUCACAGGGUGUCUCUGACACUUCACAAUGAAGGACUUCCACAGUCACAGCCUACUCCUUCAUCACCGGUGACUACUAAAUUCUCACACUCCAGUAGCUUUGACAGUGAGGCUCCAGCACCUGUGACAGGUGGAGGAUCACCUACAGUGGUCCUAAAAGCCUUUAGGGCCUGCCCAGGUUCUCAAGCUGUCAAUGGCCUUCAGAGUUUUGAGGUUACAGACAAACCCACUGACAGAGAGACAAACCACAGGUCCAAAGCCAUAGUAGAAAAUCAUAUCCCUCAUUCAGGUCUAAACACAGAGACUAAACAUGAAGUAGAGGUUGAAAGGGACCAAAUGAACUGUCUCUGUCCAGAGGAAAAGGUAGAGGGACAGACAGGAAAUAAGCAGGAUUCCCAGGAUGCUCCACUUGAUUCCCACCAGUUACAGGAAACGAAUGUCCAAUCACAACAAGGUGAUAAAGAGAGCACAACCAAUAGCGUACUGGCAUCAGAUUCCACAGAAGAAAUAUUUAAGCUGUGUGAGCAGAUUGCCAGCCAGACAGGCUGCAGUGUAAGACAGCCUGGCCCGGCCUUGCCCCACUCUAGCACAGAGAAGACCUCUGUACCUCAGAAGCGCUUGCGCCCCCGUCCUCGCCCGGCGUCAGCUGUACUGGACCUUCGGAGACUCAACCCGGACCGAGAUCUCUACAGCCAUUACAGUGAGGUCGGCUCACUGUCCCGCCGGAGACGCAGGCCUGCUACCACAAUGCAACACACUCUGGGGCAGAGAGGGAUGGCUGCUCGCUCCAGGCCUUGCUCUGUCAUAGAAACCAGUGUUACUAGGGAGACACAGUCCACGGAACUGCAUCACAGAGCCUUGUCUCGCCCCCCGGGUGUGUCACCGUUAGAGCCCCCACACAGGGCAUCUCUCCAGCGGUGUCGCUCCCUGCCUCUCCCCCCCAGCACUCUCACUGCACUGGCCCUGCUCCUGCCACAGUCAGCAGACAUGGGUCAGUCCUCAUCCUCAGUGCGUCUGCGGUCUGGAGAUUCUGGUAGUUGCAGGAGGAGGAGACUGCUAAGACCUGGGUCAGAACCGCUGCAGGUCAACAUAUUGAUAAGUGGAGGUUCAAUCGUCAACGCUGAGGCGGUAUGGGACCACGUGACCAUGGCGGACCGGGAGUUGGCGUUUAAGGCCGGUGACGUCAUCAAGGUGCUGGACGCCUCCAACAAGGACUGGUGGUGGGGCCAGAUUGAUGAGGAGGAAGGAUGGUUCCCUGCCAGCUUUGUACGGGUGGAACCCCACCCUCCUCAGCCCCAAACAAAACAGGUUUUCUAUAUCAACCCCAUAGCAACUCCACGGUUCCAAAACACCACGUCAAAGCUGUGGGUGAACCAGGAAGAUGGUGGAGCGGAGCCAGCUGAGGGGACCAGCGAGGUGCAGAAUGGGCACCUGGAUCCAACCAAUGACUGCUUGUGUCUGGGCUCGCCCCUCCAAAACCGGGACCAGAUGAGGGCUAACGUUAUAAAUGAGAUCAUGAGCACAGAGAGACACUAUAUCAAACACCUCAAGGACAUCUGCGAGGGCUACUUGCGCCAGUGCAGGAAGCGUGUGGACAUGUUUAAUGACGACCAGCUGAAGGUCAUCUUUGGAAACAUCGAGGACAUCUACCGCUUUCAGAUGGGUUUUGUUAGAGACUUGGAGAAACAGUACAACACAGAGGAACCGCACCUCUCUGAAAUCGGGCCAUGCUUUUUAGAACACCAAGAUGGUUUCUGGAUUUAUUCAGAAUACUGCAACAACCACUUGGACGCCUGUAUGGAGCUGAGCAAACUGAUGAGGGAUGGCAGGUACCAGCACUUCUUCGAAGCCUGUCGCCUCCUCCAGCAAAUGAUUGACAUUGCCAUAGACGGCUUCCUGCUCACACCUGUCCAGAAAAUCUGCAAAUAUCCACUCCAGUUGGCCGAGCUUCUUAAAUACACUGCGCAGGAGCACAGUGAUUAUCGAUACGUGGCAGCAGCGCUGGCAGUAAUGCGGAACGUCACUCAGCAGAUCAACGAGAGGAAGAGAAGGCUGGAGAACAUAGACAAGAUCGCCCAAUGGCAAGCCUCGGUUCUGGACUGGGAGGGGGAUGAUAUAUUGGACAGGAGCUCAGAGCUCAUCUACACUGGGGAGUUGUCAUGGAUCUAUCAGCCGUAUGGACGCAGCCAGCAGCGAGUCUUCUUCCUCUUUGAUCACCAGCUGGUCCUCUGUAAGAAGGAUCUGAUACGCCGGGAUAUCCUGUACUAUAAGGGCCGCAUUGACAUGGAUCGCUACGAGGUGCGGGACACUAUAGACGGGCGUGACGAAGACUUCAACGUCAGCGUGAAAAAUGCCUUUAAAUUGUGCAACAAAGACAGCGAGGAGAUCCACAUCUUCCUGGCCAAGAAGCCAGAGGAGAAGAUCCGCUGGCUCAGGGCCUUCGCCGAGGAGAGGAAGAUGGUGCAGGAGGAUGAGAAAAUUGGCUUUGAGAUCUCUGAGUACCAGAAGCGACAGGCAGCCAUGACAGUGAGAAAAGUGACCAAACAGAAAGGUGUAAACAGGUGCACGCCCCCCUCAUACCCGCCCCCCCAGGACCCCCUCAGUGCGGGGCAGUAUGAGGUAACGGAGGACAUGGCACAAGGAGAGGUUUUUGAAUUCAGUCAAUCCAAAAGAGGCCAGGCUCCUUUCUGGCAGAAUUUUAGUAGAUUAGCUCCAUUUAAGAAAUAGAGAUACACAGACUCUUCCGAUGGACCAGCUAUUUUUCUUAGAAGCACUAAACACUGGAUGAUCGCGUCCCCGACGAUGAAGAAAAAUACAAAAAACCCACAAACACGAGAGACUUUGAAGUUAAGGACCAAUGUUAAUAUGAGUGUGAUUGGAAGCUGCAAGAGGACUGAAGACUUGGAUUUAAAAAAAUAAAUAAAAAGGUUAUAAAAAAUACAACUUUACAGUUCAUAUAUGUUAGUAACAUUCUUAGUUAUCAUGCUUCUCCAGCUGAGUCAACUGUCACAAACUCUUCCCCUUUGGAUUCUGGAUAAUCACGCCAUCUGAAUGUCCUGAAGUCAUUGAGAUUGUUAUAUGAUUUCAUUUUCAAUCCAUCACCUGGAAAGAAACACGAGCCCGAGCCAGGUCAUUCCCAGUAGUAUGAUUGUGACUUAAAAAAAAAAAAAGCUGAGAUCUUGCUGUGCUGCUAUGUGAGAUUGUUUGCUGCAUUCUUCUGAAUGUGAGAUGACGACCUCAGCUGCUCGCUGCGGCGUGUGAAGGACCUGCCAAGCUCGGCUGUCAACCUCACCUCUGAGUUAGCUCCAUCCUGCCGCUGAUCACAGACCGAUCGAGCCAUCGCCGCGGUGCUGACGUCUGCGUCUGGAUCUCCUCCUCACGCUCAGAGCUCCAUUCUCUUCUCUGUAGCUGCUUGCAUAUAAUAGCACCACCCCCCCCCCCCUUCACAGAGUCUGACACUAGGUGUUCCCUUCCUUCUCUGCAUCCCACUCGUCCUCUCUAUCUCUCUAUCCACCUGCUCUGCCUCUGUGAGUCAGUGGCUCUCAGAGGAAGAGUUUCAUUUUUUGGAAACCUGCCAUUGGCCAUGAUGUGAUGAUGGGUCAGGGAAGAAAUCAAUAGAUGGAACAUCAGUAGUAUAUUUACAUCCUUUUCACCAACCACUCGUGACAGGGUAUUCAUGUCCGAUCACGCCGGGGGGAGGGUUGGGCGGCUGGGGUGGCGUUGGAUUUGGCAGAGAGCUCACCGCUCAGAUGAAGCAGCUGGGAGCAGGAGAUAGGCAGGCUAAGGUCCACCUGCCAUGUGCCACAGCCCCCUCACCCUCACCCCCCACCCCACCCCUCGCCCUCCCCAGAGACCACCCCUGUAGCACUGUGCUGGCAGCUCACUGGGUGUUUGGGAAAAGCACAGCCUACCUCCAGAAAAUGAACAGUGAAAGGGAAGUUGAUGCAUUGGCCAAAAGAAUAACAUGUUAGCUGUCAAAGAAAAGACUUCUCCAGUUAAUUAUUUUGUGUUGCUCCCACUGUAAAAAAAAAGCACAGCACAUACUCCGUCUGAGUAUGAGCAAUACAAAUAUCACCACUACAGUGUGACCAAUGAGUAAGAAGCCUGUCCAGCACAGGGGCAAAAUGGUCAAAUAAUGAUAAUGAUUUGUGAAGUGGACCAAAACUUAAGCUGAUUUUGAGUCAAUACUGGAAAAAAAAGAGAAAAAAAAGUCCACCGCAGCAGUGUGAGCCAGUAGUGAGGUAGAAAGGUGAAUUUAAUCUGUAGCAUGCAGGUUUCCUCUAACACGUUCAUACUUCUCUAUAGACUGCAGCUCAAACCUCUGCUCUCUGCCGCCCCCCCCCCUCCUCACGCUGCUUCUUUCCCUCCCAGAUCUGAUCCCUGUUCUGGCAGUUAGCUUCAGCUCUGCUUAAGUGGUUUUCAGAGGACUGUGGCGUGAUCAGAUUGGUUUUGUCUAAUCAACAAAAACUGUCUGAAGCCGCUCUGUGAGAGAGCCCGCCAUUAGAGUCCUUCAGCAGUAAAGAGACGAUCUGAGGAAGUGAAGAGAAAAUUUACAUGCAUCAUGAAGGCGUAUUCUUUUCUACACUUGGAAUGUAAGUGAAACAUCUGUCCACGGUUUGUGAUCAUGUUAUGACCUCAGACACAGGAGUACAUUUUGUGUUUAAUUAUAUCACCAGAUGGACAGUACAUAUACAGUAUGACAACUUGUGCAAUGUGAUAUAUCAUUAUAUAUCUAUCACUAUUCACUACAGCGUGAUAUCAAAGAGUUAUAUAUUGUUCUAUGUCAUUUGUUUGCCUUCUUAUAGGCCUUAUAACCUGUUAGAGAAAAAGAAAAAAAGACCUUACAGUUGCUUUGUAUGUUGUAAUUUAUGUUUUGUUUCAGUAAAGGAAGUUGAGAAAUGGGUGAGUUGGCUGCUGGUGUCUGUAGAGAUGGCUCCCGGUGAGAUUGUUUUGGAAGAUAGUUCUCUCGGAUGGCACAGCAAAAAAAAAAAGAUAUGGUUCCUAGGCUAUGAUAACCUCAGGUCCCUCGCUACAGCCUGCCCUGCCCCAUCUCGCCCCUCCCCCAAUCCCUCAAACUUCCUGCUUAACACUACCACCCGUACCAACAUACAGAUACAAGCAUGCAGGCAAACACACACACAUACACACACAUACUAAUAAUCAUGCUUACUUGCUGGCCCGUUCUGCUGCGGAGAAGAGAGAUGCUAUCUAACAGUGCCUUCCAGCAUUCCACUAGUGAUUAUCUAUUCAGUUUCACAGGCAGAUUUGAAUUAGUCAUGUAUUUUCCCUUCAGUGCAUCUCUCACUCUCUCUUCCUUUCUGCCCCCCCCCCCCUCUCAUACACACUGGGAAUUCUUCGUUCCCCAGUGCAUUACAGCCACUCGGACAGAAAUUUAGAGGUCAGGCCACUUUUCCAUAUGAGUAGAUUACUGUGCUGUCUGAUUGAAACCCAUUAAGCAAACAAACUCAUUUUCAUAUAUUCUAUCAUAUUUGCAUAGGAGCAAUUUUAUUGCACAUUAGAAGUUAAUUCUAAUUUCAGAUGUGUAGAAACAGAAUUCCUUUAUUAUCUAUUUAACAUGCUGAAAGAUGGUUUAAUUUGAAUAUAUAGUAGGAAACAGAUUUGCAAUAGUCAACUUAGGUUCGCGUGUCAAUAUAUAUUAUUAAGAGUGAGUUAUGAAUCAAGAGAAUCAUCUAUUUUACCUUUAUCAGCUACACACUGUAAAUACUGUAAAAAGAACAGAUCAUAUAUUUGGAUAUUGGUAUUUUGCGUUGGAGACGAAUGUUGUUCCAGUUCUAGCGUGCGGUAGAUCUCAGUACCAGGUAAAUGCAUGCUUGUGGCAUCCAAUAUUUUGCAUGAGACUUAAGGCAACACUUAACAAGAUCAUUUAGUUUCAUUUAACUUCCAAUUGAAAUUCUUUUUUUUUAUUUUUUUCUUCCCCGCAACACGGAACCAUUCAUUUGUGUGUACCCAUACCAUCUCACUAAAGGGAGUUCUUUUCUCUGUCCACCUGUCUCCUGCUCACUUGGCAUUACAGGUUGUAGCUUCUGAUUUUUUAAAUUGUUUUUUAAUUUAUUGACACAUUAGAGAGGAACAUCUUUUCCUGAAUCAAACACUGAACUGCUGAUAGGGGAAAUGAAAGGCACUGAUGUUCUCUUUGCCCAGAUCAGAUGGGUACUAUAAACUCUAACAUUAUUUUAAACCUACACUGUUAUGCUACAGACUGCUGUUGUUUUUUUUUUUUUAAAAAUUAUGACUCUUUUGUUUUGCUUUGUUUUGUUUUGUUUUUUUUGUGGAAUGCCAUUAUGUGCAGAGGCAAAACGGGUAAUCAUUUUUCUACGACCACAGUGAACCAAAUAUGAGUUAGCACUGAUCACGGAUGUUUGUGUAUAGAUUUGUAGUCAAGCAGAAGAGCUGAAUAAAUUCAAAAGCUCUUGGGAUGAGCUAAAAAUAAACAUAAUCCUGAAGACACACACACACACACACAGUAUUUCAUUACUGUUCAUGUCAUGCUCUUGUUUAUUUUAAGUACAGUGACUUGGCAUUACAAAGUAGUUUCUCACUUAUAUUUAUUAACAGCAGUAUUAAAUAUUACCAUUUUGGCCACACAGUUUCAAUGAUGUAUAUACUGGUUUGAGUUUUCUUAUCGAAUUAUGAAUCUGGCCUUUGUACUCAGAGCUGAGAGGACAGCCUCCUGUGCAGAUUCUUACUCUCUCUCUUUCUGGUCAUAUAACCAAGACAGCCACGUUAGCAGACUGUCACCUGAAUGCACCGGAGGUUGCACAGAUUUGUGUAAUUCCUUUUUUAGUCCAGGGUGUCAUGAGCCAGUAACCGCGUUCACUCACAGUUAGCAUAGCAACAUCUUCAGUGGGAACUCCUUGCAGUUGGUUAUGCAGUCCCGUGCUGUUUCGGAAUAAUUGGGGUAAAAGUCGAUGUGCCGAUGUGGCGUUCAGUGGCAACAAACGGGAGACUGACAUCCCACAUUUGGAAACUAUUCAUUGUAUAUUACCAUCUGGUUUGGGGGUGGGGGGCUGGAUUUUUUUUCCACAGAAAAAUGUACUCACAGUAUCCAUAUCCUUUGUCAUCAUAUGCAAACAUUUGUCAUUUUCUUUCUUGCUGGCUUUUUAGUUUGAUUAUUUGUUGUAGAGAUGAAAAACCUGAAAAAUAAUGCCUAUUCAAUCCAGAAACUGUGAAUGGGAGAGUGGAAAUGUCAACUGUAUGUACAUUAUAUGUUUUGAUGUAAUCAGAAGCACUGGGAAUAUGUUGUACUUUGCUGUAAAAAAAAAUCAAUCCAUAUCUGAUAUAGCUGUACUUUUGUUGAAAAUAAAACUACAGAACUGCAGGAGGUGGGGGC